AUCUCUAUCUGUGAUUUUCAGUCUGUGGGCCCUUGCCCAGAAUGGGGCCUGGCCGGUGGCUCAGAUAUGCUGCCGGUGCUCGGAGCAUCUCGACCGUUUAUCGAGCAUCGAGUCUUUAUAUACAGGGUUGGAAUGAUCAGGCAAGAGCCAUGAGCGUGUAAAACAGGCAAAGAGAAGAAAAAUCACCGACCGAGCAUCAUCACCAAUAUUACCGGCGCACCGUCAACUCUCAUAUACAUUUUCCUCCUAUCAUUUCAUCAUAUCGCCCUUGACGAUAAUUACGUACUCACUAUCAUGACAUCGAAUAUGUACGUUGAGUUAACCGCGCCUAACGAGGUCAGGUACACUCAACCCAGAGGUCUCUUUAUCAACAAUGAAUUCGUCGCUUCUGAGAGCGGGGCAACUAUCUCAUCAAUCGAUCCCGCCACCGAGGAGGAAAUUGCGACAGUCUACGCUGCCGGAGAAGCUGACGUAGACAAGGCCGUUCGUGUUGCGCAUAAAGCCCUGAAAGAGCCUUCAUGGAAGCAUCUCUCCGCGUCAGAUCGUGGCGCCCUGAUGUGGAAGCUGGCAGAUUUGAUGGAACAGAAUCGCGAGUUAUUCGCCACCAUUGAUGCUUGGGACAACGGAAAAACGUACCAGGAGGCCUUAGAAAACGAUCUUGUCGAGGCGGUUGGUGUUAUCCGCUACUAUGCGGGCUGGGCGGACAAGAUCUCCGGCCAGACCAUCUCAACAACUUAUCAGAAGUUUGCCUACACGAUCAGGCAACCUAUUGGUGUAGUUGCUCAGAUCAUUCCCUGGAACUACCCCCUAUCGAUGGCCACCUGGAAGCUGGGGCCAGCUCUCGCGUGCGGCAACACCGUCGUGCUCAAGUCCGCAGAACAGACGCCUCUCAGCAUCCUGGUGCUUGGCGACCUGGUCAAGAAGGCCGGCUUUCCCCCAGGAGUGGUGAACUUUUUAAACGGCAUGGGAGCUGUGGCGGGAACCGCCCUCGUCAGCCACCCUCUCGUGGAUAAGGUUGCUUUCACUGGGAGCACCGCAACAGCGAGCACUAUCAUGCGACUCGCUGCCAAGACCCUGAAGAACAUCAGUCUGGAGACCGGUGGGAAGUCUCCCCUGGUGGUUUUCGGAGACGCCGAGAUGGAACAGGCCGUCAAAUGGUCGCAUCUGGGUAUCAUGUCGAACCAGGGUCAGAUCUGUACAGCAACAUCGAGAAUUAUAGUACAACAGGACGUGUACGAUGAGUUCUUAACUAAAUUCCUAGAGACAACGAAGACAACAAGCAAGGUCGGGGAUCAGUGGAGUAAAGACACAUACCAAGGGCCGCUGGUGUCUAAAGUACAGUAUCAACGCGUACUUGACUACGUCAGAAUCGGCAAGGAGGAGGGGGCGCAAAUGGUUUCUGGAGGGGAGCCUGUGCCAAUCGGCAAUGGUGGAAAGGGAUUCUUUGUCGCCCCGACUAUAUUCACAGACGUCACACCGUCCAUGAAAAUCUGGAAAGAAGAGAUCUUCGGCCCAGUCGUCGUGAUUGCCAAGUUCACGAAUGAAGAAGAGGCCAUAGCCUUGGCGAACGACACGACCUACGGCCUUGGGGCCGCCGUCUUCACAACUAACCUUGAAAAGGCUCACAGGGUAGCUGCGGAGAUCGAGGCCGGUAUGGUGUGGGUAAAUAGCAGUCAGGAUUGCGACCCGAGGGUUCCGUUUGGUGGCGUUAAGCAGAGUGGCAUUGGCCGGGAGCUUGGCGAGGCGGGCCUGGAUGCAUACUCGCAGAUUAAGGCAGUCCAUGUCAACAUGGGGAACAGAUUGUAAAGUGACAUUUAUAAGUAUCCCAUAUAUUUUUUAGGAGAACACAACAGGUUUAGGUUUCCUCGAGCCGCCACAUCACGGCCUGGCAUUUAUAUUCAAAUAGCGGUACUAUAGAGCAGAAAAGGUUGACUUAAACGAGGCUGGCGUAGACUCAAGAGUUUCAUAGGAGAUGAAGGAAAGCCC